AAAAAAGUCUGACGUCUUAAUUCAGUCUUGCUUGAUUUAGCGGUAUUUUCAAAUGUUAUAAUUUGUACGAAAUCUUAUAUUUAGCGAAGCUGCUAGCUUUGCAUUUAUGAAUUACGAUCUGAACUGAUUGAUAACGUUAUCUUCUUCGAAUAUGUAGUCGUCCAACGGUCCAAGCCUGUCCCACAGAAAAUUUAGCCAAGACGGAAGGAAAGGUUAUCGUGUAUCACUUUAUCAUUCGGUCAGGUCGUUUUGUGGCAUUUCAAGCUUAUAUACUCAAGGUUGUCAUUGUAUUCUUUUAAAGUGCGUUGUAUACUUUAUUAAAAAAACGCCAUUAUAAAAUAUUGUUGACAGUUUAGGAACAAGUAAUGGCCAAUACAACCUAUUUUAUUGGUGUUGAUGUGGGUUCUGGUAGUGUUCGUGCAGCUCUUGUUGACGUGAAAGGAUAUGUAGUCAAAACUUCUGUUAAAGAGCUACAAACAUGGAAACCUAAAGUUGAUCACUAUGAACAGUCUUCCGAGGAUGUCUGGGAAUGUUGUAUAAGUGUUCUUAAUAAUGUAGUUGCGGAUGUAGAUCCUGCAUCUAUUAAAGGUAUAGGAUUUGAUGCCACCUGCUCAUUAGUGGUGCUUGAUAAGAAUUGCAACCCCAUUUCUGUUGGUAACCAAAAUAACAAUAAACAGAACAUCAUUAUGUGGAUGGACCACAGGGCUCAGAAUGAAGCAGAUUUUAUAAAUAAAACAGGUCAUGAAAUUCUUCAAUAUGUAGGUGGCAAAGUGAGUCUUGAAAUGGAGAUGCCAAAACUGCUUUGGUUGAAAAAACAUAUGCCACAGAAAUGGUUGGAAUUUGGACACUUCUUUGAUUUACCAGACUUUUUAACUUGGAAGGCCACUGGUUCAUUUAGCAGAUCAUUAUGUUCCCUGGUCUGUAAGUGGAAUUAUGAAUGUUCUGUUGAUGGAAAACGUGGUUGGAAUACCAGUUUUCUAAGAGGAAUUGGCUUGGAUGAUUUGGCUGUGAACAAUUUCGAAAAAAUUGGUAACACUGUUUUAAUGCCAGGAGAGAAAUGUGGUGGACUCACAGAUGAAGUUGCAAAGAUACUAGGCUUACUACCUGGUACACCAGUGGCAACUUCUAUUAUUGAUGCUCAUGCUGGAGGCCUUGGUAUGAUUGGAACAGAUGGAGAAGAUAUCGAUAAAAAUAUGUCCACCAGGCUUAGUUUAAUAUGUGGUACUUCAACAUGUCACAUGGCAGUCAAUAAAAAAGCUAUACUUGUAAAAGGAGUUUGGGGACCAUAUUUCAGUGCCAUGGUUCCAAACAUGUGGCUGAAUGAAGCUGGUCAAAGUGCCUCAGGAAUGUUAUUAGACUAUAUAAUUUCUAGUCACCCAGCAGGCAUUGAUCUAUUGAAAAAAUAUAGUACAGGAGAAGUUCGUAAUCAUCUUCGAGAAUUAUUAUCAAAGAUGACAACGGCCCAAGGAUUGAGUGACAUGAGCUUGCUUACUAAAGACUUCCAUGUGUGGCCUGAUUUUCACGGUAACAGAUCUCCACUGGCAGAUCCUACCAUGAGAGGCAUGAUAGUUGGCCUUUCAAUUAACAGCAGUGAAGAAAACUUGGCAUUGUUGUAUCUUGCAACUUUACAAGGUUUAUCUUAUGGUACGAGACAUAUUAUGGAAGCGCUUCUGCUAGCUGGAUAUGAUGAAUUUAAAUCAUUACUUGUUUGUGGUGGUAUUACAAAAGAUCCACUCUUUGUUCAAAUUCAAGCAGAUACAGUUGGUCUACCAAUCUUGAAACCGCAUGAAAAAGAUUCAGUAUUGGUAGGUUCUGCUAUAUUGGGAGCUUGUGCUUCACAACACUUUAAUGGUGUUGCAGGUGCUAUAGAAAAAAUGGGUGGCACAGCAGAAGUUAUUCAACCAAAUCAUAAUAUCAAGGGUUACCAUGACAAAAAAUACAAGGUUUUCCUAAAGAUGUUUCAAGAUCAAUUAAAAUACAAAUCUCUUAUGAGUUAGCAAAUUACUUCCAGUAGUAUUGAACACAGGGUGUAUUUUUAUAGAUUAGUUUUGAUGUGAUAUAGUAGAAAGACUAUAUUUGUAUUAAUAUUUAUGUAAUUGAUUGUGUUAAUAUUUUAUGAGCCUAUCUUUACCAUAAAGUCCAAUUGUAGCUAAACAGUGAACGGUGCAUACUUUAUUCUUAAUAUUUUUGAAUUCGGCUAUGAAUUUAUAUCCUUAAAAAUCAAUUACCUAUCUCAGGUUGUUCCAGACAAGUCCGCUUUUUAAGUCAUUUCUUCAAUUCAGUUCAUAAAGUACCUGAGUAUUUAGAUGCAUUAACUUCUGUGUUAGUGGUUGUAGCUCGCUAGUUGUAUGAGACUUAAACAUUGGUGAAAGGAUUUUAAUAUAAAUAAAAAUUAUAUUUAUUAUGAAAUUAUAUUUACAGAC